AUGGAGGAGGAAUAAUAAAUCUUGAAAUAUGGAGAUAAUAUUAUUCUUAGAUGCAUGGUGGAUAAUAAGAUCUAUUAUUUGCUCGCAAGAAACGAACAGUACCUCAUGGAAACAAAGCUUUAAUUGGGUAAUUCUUGCACAUUUAACAUGUACAAUUUCCCUUAACACAUGGUGUUCACAGUAUUCCCCAAACUUUUAUACGAAGCACAAAAAAAAUACAAUUCAGACAAGUCCAUUGGAGCCUCUUUUGAUGUUUAGAAACAACUUCUGUACACGAGAAUGGAAACCGAAAAAAAAUAUAAUCAAAAUCUGUUGAAGCAAACCAGAGGGUAAAAAAUAAUGUACGGAGAUACAAUAAUGCUCUAUUAACCAUUGAGUUAAGUCUUUUUACUAAGAGCGGAGAACAAUAAUUCAAAUUCAAAUAUCGGAACAAUUUUGAGUUCUUCAAUGUACUUCACAGUUCAACCUGAUCCCUUGGCGUUAGACAUUAAAUAAGGAUGUCCAGUACACUCUUUCGAUCAAUUCCUUCUAGUUCAAAGUGACACAAUAUUGAAAUUUGACACCUUGCAAGAAAUUUACCGCCUGCCUGAAGUAGUGAAAUCUUAGAAUCUUGAUCACAAUAACGAAUUCCUAACCAUCCCAGCCAUGAUUGAGAAUCAAUACUAAUUCAAGUUUUACAAGGCUCAAUACAAGCAAUUCACAACUGAUUCAAAAGAGUCCAUCAGCCACAACACUCUUCAAGCAAUUGUAUUGAAAUAAGACAAAGACAAAAAUCAUUUGUUCUACGGUCAGUAUGUACGCAUAGUGCACAUGCAAUAGAAGAUAAAAAAAGAGAGGUAGGAAUCAAGGAGAAGAUCAAUCAAAAUUGAGGAAGCUUAAGAAAACCAAAUUAAUAAAGGUUACUUGACAUCAUCGAUUAAUGCAGUUGGAUGCUACCCCUCAGUUUAUCUAUAGAUUAACGACAUCUAGAAUUCUGAUUCAAUCGAAAGGGCAGCAUCUAUCUUCUAGAUCUUGCCAGAAAAUGACCAAAAGUAUAGUGAUGAAGUUUAAUUUACUGUUGGAAAUAAACCCAAUUUGGUAGGUUACACUACUUUCCUGCUUAGACACAUGUUAACAGGGGAAUUCCUAAGAGUCAAUCCUUUCGAUAAUAAGCUGUAAUUAUCUAAAGAUGUUAUCAAUAAGUAUCGAUAAAUCAAUACUACGUCAUCAAAAAAACUAGAGACCACAAGAUAAAAUGAACCAAAGUCUACUGUGUAAAAGAAUCUGCCAGGCAUCAAAUUAUAUAGAAAUCUAAUUACUCAAUCAAAUAACACCAAUUAAAAUAAUAUUAAUAAUAUUCAAACUCAAUAGGACGAGCGCAUUGCAACUCAAUACUAAUAAACUUAAGGAAAUAUAGAAGAACUUGAAUAAGGUUCAUGUAUGUCUGACCAUCAAUUGCUAUUUGUAACUAAAUUGGGCAAUAAUCCUAUAUUCUAUAAAGAUUAGUUGCCUUUUACAAAUGAUACAACAUUCAAUAUUGCUACAAAAGAUGGAAAAUGUCCAAUUGAAGUUGACAAUUAAGAAGAGGGUGGGUAUUAAGUUAAGUUAAUAACCAAGUUAGGAAUGUUUAAUCAAUAUGGAGAGGAUAACUUGGAGUAAACUCUGUAUAGAUAAUUGCACGAUGAGUGGAUUACUUUGAUCCCUGAUUUAGAUUCAUUCAUAAAAAAGAAUAAAUAUCAAUUAUCAUCAUAAGAAAAAGAAGUUCUUGAGUUCAUUGAAGGUGAAAAGAAGAGUCAAGCAAAAAACAAAGUUGAUAUGAGACAUUAUAAAUCUGAUGAUGAAACCUUUAAACCUACUUUUAUUAAUUUGAAUCCUCUCAAUACUAAAUACUUGGAUGUAUUAGCAAAUGAGGACUUUUCAGGUUCCAAUUUUAAAUUUGAAGUUGUAGACUAAAGUGAAAUAGAAGAAUUGAGUGAAGUCUUAGAUCUAAUGUUCCCACUCACAGUCUUAGCUAAAAACUCAAUCCAACUAUCAACUUUAAAAUUCAAAUUCAGCAAUCUUAAAUUCAAGGACUCCAAAGAAUCCAAAGAUCUAGCUUCCCAAUUUCUCAGGUGUCAAGCCUAAGCCGUUCAAAAUGUCAAUUAGGCAGUCAAGUCACUGUUCAAAAUUAUGUUAUGGUUAACUGCCUCUCAAGAAGCUUUGGCUUAAGAAAAUUUAAUCUCUGAACCUUUGGUAAGAAGAUAGUGUAUUGCCAGAGAAAUCGGUUGCAUAGACUAUGUAAAUAAGAUAAUCUAUGAGUUAAAUAUCAAUGGGCUAUUAUAUGAAGAUAAAGAUUCAAUCAAGUAGGAUGAGGAGAUGUUUCAAUAGGAUAUCAAUCAACUAAUUGAUUUGCUUUCCUCGUUUUUAUAAUUGGUUUGUAAGAAUUCAAAUGAUAACUCCUUAUACGUCGUCUAAUGGUAUUGUCUCUAUAAGCACAUACUGUUGAGAGGAUAAGUAAACGAUUUGAUGAGACUAGACAUCUUGAUUACUUAAUUGUUCUAAUAGUCAGACGUUAUGGUUUCGUUUGAAUUUGAAGUCACUCAAUUAUCGAAGGAAACCAAAUCUACAAACUACAACAAACAUGCUUUUAAUUUAUUAAUUGCCUUUUGUCUUUUCACUGAGUUUAGAAAGAAGGAGGGCAUCGAAGGAAUAAUUGAUCAUAUCUUCAAGCAAAAUAAGGAUUCCAUAUUUGCAUAGCUCAUAUUUGAUGGCAAUAUUCAAUUGAUUUUGAGGGAAAAGAUCUAGGACUUUUAGAAAACCAUAAGACAAUCUAUGGAUUCAGGUCUUCCCAUUUCAAGUCCAAUCAUGAUAGAGGGCUUGAAUUUUUCGAACAGACUAGCAUUGCACGAUUACAUCAUUUCUUGUGUGAGGUUGGCUUCAGAAAUUUCUAAGUCCUCCCCUGCUUUGACUCUAAAGGAAAUCAAGCACUUAUUUCCCUUCUAUACCGUAGCCAAGAUAAUCCAAGAUAAUAGCAUUUCAUCGUUAACCAAAUCGUACUUUUUGGAGUUAUUCCAGAAUUCCUAUAUGGCUAAACACUUAAAUCCUUUGCCAAGAGCCUAAUUCCCUUAGUAUUUAAAAAUGGUUGUCAAAUAGAACAAAGGGAAAGGAUUCUUAUCAAUGUUUAAAAAAGAAGAGUACGACAUCAUUCUCUAUACAUUUGCAUAGAAGAAGAUUGCUGAUGUCUAUUAAAAGGUGGCCAAAAAAUAUUUGGUGGAAACUGAUACAACUGUUGAUUUUUGGUUAUUUUUAUCAGAUUUCAUCACAAACUUUUGGAAAAGCAAAUCCAUAUAUGAAAUUAAAGGCACUGAUCACAUUUAUAUUAAAUAAUUGAUUUUAACAUUCACAGAGUUCUUAAAAAAAGGAUUAUUCAUUGAAUAUCUUAGCAAUGCUCACAAUUUUUAUAACAUGUACCAUAAAUUCAUUGAAUUCCUGAAGAAUUCUGUCGUUUCAGCUACUCUAGAGGAGAAAUACAUCAAACAUUAGUUGUAGGACAACAAAAAAUCAAAGGAGCAGAAACCUUUAGAAGUGAAGGAUUAUUUGUUUGAGAGUUCAGUGGCAUAAAGGGCAGUGUCUAGAACGACUUAUGCAAAGAGU